AUGAACUUGUCGGGAAAACUAAAUGGAUUAAUUGAAAUCACGCAGAGAUUUUCGGAGGCAGCGAUAAGGAAAAAGGAAAGCAUGAAUAAUUUUGGACAUUGGGACAAAAAUGAUGACGAUGAUGCAACUGUGCCAAACUAUACCAUAAAUCUACAGGGAAAACCAUUACCGCCAAUACCACAUCGUCAACAACCGUUACCUCAGUUCAACAAUCUACAGCAGCGAAGGGAUCAAUUCGCCUUCUCCACAAGGCAGGAAAAGAUGAAGAUAAACAAUCCCACCAUCAAAGGUCAAAAUGGUUCGGAAUAUAGAACGUUCACUGUUGCUCUCAUGUUGGCCAACAAAUUUUUGGACGAUAACACCUACACAAACAAGACUUGGUCGGAGGUUACAAAUAUUCCCGUUUCAGAGAUAAACACCAUGGAAAUGGAAUUUCUGAGUUCUCUGAACUAUCAACUGUACGUCUCCGAGCAGCAAUUUUUCGAUUGGGUUCGAAACAUGGUGUCUUACGUUUCGAUUGGCGAUGACCAUCGUAAUAACGAUGAUUCCGCACCCGAUUGCCAAAUGAAUGUUUCCCAACGUUCACAAUAUUCGCAAAAGCAGCAGCCGAUUAUUGUUCCCAUUCAAUCGAUAUCCACUGGUUUCAAGAGGUCAGCCGAGCAAGCAUUCGUGGACGGAAUGAUGGUGUCGCCGCCAAAGAGGACAAGUUGUUAUCCAACAUAUCAACAAACACAAAGAUUGGUGGUUCAAACUCAACCUCAACGGAUGUACACUCAGACAUUCGCAUAUCCGACACCACCGCCGAGCACUUCGAGUUCGCAACAACUUGCUUAUUACAACUUGCCGACCACCGCUUCUUCGAACAGCGGCAGUUAG